AUGACCACCUGCCGUCAGGGAUUAGACCCCGCCUCGACUACCUUCUGGGACGGCAGUUUCGAAUUGGUGACAGACUUCUCUCCACCCAAUCACUUCCGGCCACACGCUAUGGGCCGACCCUGGUUUGACUACGAGCUCCAUUGGAUGCUCAAGCGUCGAAAAGAAGCGUGGAAAGCAUUCAGCGCUAAUGGAUUUAUCUUUGACCAAUACGAAGCUCUGCGUAAUGCCUGCUCUGCAAUGAAAUUCAGAAAACGGUUAGUAAACGACAAGUCCCUGGCAUCUGAAGCGGCCUUUAUGCCGAAGCGUUUCUACGAAUAUCUCCGUCACCGCACGCAUUCAACGGCUGACAUACCAUCCUUGGAGAUUAACGGUAUCCUGGCAGAAACGGAUGUUGACAACAAUAUGCGCUCGUCUAUGCUAAUGAUAUAUCACCAAUCCCCCGGCUGUCGUGCUCUGCGCCUCUGCUGUCUUGGCAAGCCAUCUCGGUAG